CAGAAGAAGCUAAUCGUUUCUGUUUUAGUGGAACACCAAUUGAGUUUUUUUUUUUGACAAGACGCGCCACCAAAAAAAGACAAUUCAUUCUGUUCUGUUCGCUGUUUGUUCACUAAACCUCUUCAAGCUAUAAAAGCAACCGCCAUCCUUACCAAUCCUCUCUCCCCCAAUCAACUCUCUCUCUCUCUCUCUCUCUCUCUCUCUCUGGCUCCCCCAAAAACCACCGAUCAAAAGAAUAACCAACCAUGACCGCAGAAUCCCAGAGUCGCAUCAAGGUCUCCUACCAGUCCACCAAGAAUCUUGCCAACUCCGUUGAGAGGUCCCGCUUCUUGGAAGAGACCGAUAAUAAAGACCUGACCUUCAAGUUCCAGUACUGGGACAUUGCGUCCUGUGGGUCCACCAGCCGCGACCUCCUGGCCUAUGCUAAGGCGCAUCAUCAGAUCAAGUAUGAUCUCGAGUCGCCUACAUCUGAGGAUUGGGACGCGGGCAAGGUCCCCACAUCUUUCUCGUACUUGCCCAUGUUGAAGAUCGUCGGACCUCAACAGCAGGAGGUCGACAUCUCCGAGAACAUGGUCAUCGACAUGUAUCUAGCCGAGCGAUUCGGACUAAUGGGUGACAACAAAUGGGAGCACCUCACGAUCCAAUCUUUUUACUCCAACAUCCAAUACCUUCGCGAGCGCUGCUUCUCGGAACUGGCAUACGUGCCCCAAGAUAAACUCCGAAAGACUAGGGACUUAUUCCUCACGAUUACCUUGAGAAAGUUCCUGGAAGACCAUGCCUUCCACCUGAGGGAGAAUGGAAACAACGGGCAUUACAUCGGUAACAAGCUCACGCUCGCCGAUAUCCAUCUGGCGAAUAUCAUCCAUUACUUCGGGACCUUGCCCUGGGCCAAGCUGGUGAUCGAAGAUCACUUCAAGAAGUAUGAACCCGUCUGGAAGGUCAAGGAGACCGUCGACAAGGAGCCCUCGUUGGCUGCUUGGAGGCAGACAGAGCAGUACAGGACCUACGAGAGAAACUCUGUCAAAUGGUACGCCGACAGGGUCGUGCCCGGUGACGAGCCUCGCGAAGACUAAAUCCUCCCUCCCUCCC